UGGGCAGUUCGAUCGGUAGCGGGAGCGGAGAGCGGACAGCAGGGAGCUCGAAGGCAACAGCCCCCCACCGCCGGCCUAAGUUACCAUCAACACCCGGGGUCAAGUUAACAGCGAGCCGCCGCCGGCCCGAGUCACCACCUCUGAAGGGAACCACAACCAUUUAUAACACCAUGAGCAGCGACGUCGAAACUCAACAGCAGCAGCCAGCCGCCCUGGAGAGCAAGUCAAGCCCGGAACCGGCGGCCACUGUGGGGGAGAAGAAGGUCAUCGCAACCAAGGUUUUGGGCACCGUCAAAUGGUUUAAUGUGCGUAAUGGAUAUGGCUUCAUUAACAGGAAUGACACCAAGGAAGAUGUGUUUGUACACCAGACUGCCAUUAAGAAGAACAACCCAAGGAAGUAUCUUCGCAGUGUGGGAGAUGGGGAGACUGUAGAGUUUGAUGUAGUGGAGGGAGAGAAGGGUGCCGAGGCAGCCAAUGUAACUGGUCCUGGUGGUGUUCCAGUCCAAGGCAGCAAAUAUGCAGCAGAUCGCAAUCAUUAUAGGCGCUAUCCACGUCGCAGAGGUCCUCCACGUAAUUACCAGCAAAACUACCAGAACAGCGAAAGUGGAGAGAAGCCAGAGGAAAUUGAGACUGUGACAGAAGGAGAGGGUGCUGACCAGCAACGCCCUUACCGGAGGCGUCGUUAUCCUCCAUUCUACUCAAGAAGACCGUAUGGGCGCAGACCACAGUAUAAUAAUAACCCAGUACAGGGUGAACUAGUUGAGGGAGAAGGCCAAGGUACAGGUGAGCAAGGCAGACCAGUAAGGCCGAACAUGUACAGCCGAGGCUUCAGACCACGAUUUCGCAGGGGACCUCUUCGUCAGAGACAACCAAGAGAUGAUGGAAAUGAAGAAGAUAAAGAAAAUCAAGGGGAUGCAACUCAGAGUGAGCAGCCACCUCAACGACGGUACCGCCGUAACUUUAACUACAGACGCAGACGCCCAGAAAACCCUAAACCACAAGAUGGUAAAGAGACCAAGGCAGCCGAAACAUCAGCAGAAAACACGUCCGCUCCCGAGGCUGAGCAGGGCGGGGCUGAGUAAAUACCGGCUUACCACCUCUACCACCAUCCGGUUUUGUCAUCAUAAAGUCAAGAUUGAAAUUCCAGCAAUAAGAAAUUGAACAAAGAAUUGGAACUGAAGACCUUAAGUGCUUGCUUUUUGCUGUUGACCAGAUAAUGUCAUCCUGCAUGGUUUCUUGCAGCGAUGUUUUUAUUUUUUAUCUAAAAUCUCCUUUUGGGAAUGACAAGUUUUUUAAAAGCAUAUUUUUUCGCAAUCUUACCUGCAAAAGGUUUUUAAAUUGUUUAUCUGGUCAAGCCAAGAUUUUUAAGAACCUCAUUUUUAAUUUGUAAUAAACGUACACCUGAUUUUAUUUUAAACAGUCAACAAACUGCAAGCAUCUAUUAAUAAAGGUCUCAAAGUAU